UAUAUUCUCACUAUAUGCUUUGUAUGCCUGUCAUCUGAAAACUCAAAAUUGUCAGAAGGACCUUAAAGGUUUAGGAAAAAUCUCCCUCAAAUACCAAGUGCAUGAUUGCUGAACACAGAGAAAUGUUACAUGAAAAAGGACUGAACAUAAUAAGGGAAUACUAGAAAAAAACCUAAAAGUAUUUAUUACCGUGUGUCACGACAUUUCCUCCUAACUGGAAUCUGUAUUAGGUUUUAUUCCUAUGUAAAACAACUUUUAAUCCCAUGAAAGGAGUAAUAUUUCUAUGGCCCAUUGUGUUGUUGACCUCAACGUAGCUGAGCUCAGGGACAGUGUUUUGCAUAAAUACAAAUAUAACCUUACUUCCCUUUUGGUAAAAGACAAGUUCAUAAAUGUGAAACAUUCUUUCACAGGUCACAGUUUCACCAUUUAGGUACCAAGGAACACCUUCCUAAAAUAAUGUACUUUGGGGUAACAUGAAUGUCCUUGAGUGGACCAUUCAGUCCCCAGAUUUAAAUAUUAACUAAGAUCUUUGAACACAUCUGAAAACGGCAGUGCACUGACGCUUGACAUUUUACAUUUGAGAGUUAAAAACUGUAGGAUCAGAGGCUAUAAUUGCUGUUAAAAUUAUUUCAGAAACGUAUUGAGAAGAGUCUGUGAAAACAUAUAUACACAUAAUUUUUGUUUUGUCAUAUCUCAACAAUUGGGGAACCAGGAAAGCUAAAAAAAAAUGUAAAUAUUACUCAAAUAUAAGUCAUUAACUGGGACACAAGGCUGCUUUAUUACACAGGCGUACCUGCUUUCCAUAAUAGGGCUGAUCUUUGAAGAAAAUGUAAAUACCUGUUUUCCUUCUGAAAAAAAAUGGAUCAUGUAGGUUUGGUCAGUCACAUAAAAAGAGAUUAAAUGUUUUUAAAGUUCACUCUCAAGAUCUAUGCCUCUUCUUCUGUGACAGCUCUGUCUUCUGCUCUGCUUCACCAGACUUUCUUUCCAUUUCUAAAAGGUUAAAGACCAUGGAUCAUCGGAUCAUCCUGCUACUGUUGCUGAGAACCAUCCAGCCACUUUCUGUUGCAAUAGCAGAGAGUGGUUGUACAAAGGAAAUCACCAUUGGAAAUUGCUCAAAGGCAUGGAUCAUCAAUAGCAACAAAAUUAAUGGCAUAGAUGUUUUGAAAGUAGCAUGCAGGCAUUUUAACCCAAGCAAAUUCGAACUGGUAUUAAGAGCUUUGCCAAGGGAUUGUUCCUCGUCAAAUGCUGGUACCUACUCAUGCCUUGAAGUCACGGUAAAAGGAAAGAAAUACAAAAUGUGUAAAAAAUGCUGCAGAAACUUAUGUCUUGCUCCAGCUUUUUGCAAGAUCUGUGAAGAGAGAAAAGAGCAAUACAGUGCAUCAGACUUUCCACUACAAGUUAAGAUAGAAUUGAAAGAUUCUAUCUGUGAUCUGUCUGGAACUGAAAGUACUUUUGAUGAAACAAGUUCAUCUCUGCAGUUGUUUGAUGAAACAAAAAGUUGGAUUGAAGCCUUGCAAUACUGCGAUCAACAGAGUUCCUCUCUGGUUGAAAUAACUAACCAGACAGUUUUGGAGGAGCUAAAGACCAUCUUGGCAAACAAGACAGGACUGCAGAAAGAGGUCUGGGUCGGCCUUGAGCGGUCCAUUUUUGGCACCAACGUAAAGUGGCAGUGGAUAUCGGGAGCCACAGCUGAACAAGCUGACUGGAUCAGCAGUUUUCCGGCUAAUGGUUUCAACAAUCACUGUGGAAAGAUUGUCUGGAAUAAUCAGUCACAAACCAUCCAGCUGCUUGAUGCCAACUGCCAUGAUAAAUUACCCUUCAUCUGCCAAGAUAAGACUGAGAUGCUUGAAGACUAAAUGAAUUUUACUCUGGAGGAUUAUUUUGAAUCACUGCUGGUGUAUUUCUUGCAUGCCUUUCAAAUUAAGUUUUGUGUUUUGCAUUUCUUACAUUUUUUUUUCUUUUGUACAGCAUAAUACAUAGGUUAGACAUCUAUUGUUAUUUAACUGUCAGUUUUGUUGAAGAUUAGCUACCUUAAAAUAAAUAUUUCAUUCCUUGUCUUGGUUUAGAGAAUAUAUAUAUAUACUCUCAUAAUAUCUGUUGUUUAAAACAAUAAAUUGAACCUAAUUUUAUCUAACAUUGAAGGCGUCCUGUCUCACUGAGUCAUGGUUUCUCUAAAGGUCUUUAAGUACAACCUUACUGAGGCUGAAAUAAACAGCAGUCUGCAUCAGCAUGAGCGUUGCUGACGCAGGGUAUGUGUAGGACAUGUCCACCGCACCUCCUUCAUCUGUGCUCUCUAGUGUCCCCCAUAUACGCUACAUGCGCUACAACUGUUUUCCACUUCUUGCUGCAGAAACCAAGAAAGCAGCUAAGCAGCCAAAAGUAACAAACUCUCAAUAAAAGGCAAUGGGAAGUUAAAGAAACCAUAGCAACUGUAAUGCUGACAACAAUUAAAAAAUGUAUAAAAAGUGAGUUUACAUCUGUAGUUUAGGCUCCAAGCCCCCACAAUAGAAAACAACUUUAAAAAAAUGCUAGAUGGACGUAUUUCCAAUUUUUUUUUAAUUGUCAUGACCAAAUAUUGUGUAUUUUAUCAGGGUUUCUCGUGCAAUAAUUUGAUAAGCCGAAUUAGCUAACUCUUGAGUUUCCCGAUAGGAUCUGAAGCUCUGAUGCAAAAAGAGUUUGACUACAUUUUAGUGUUGAUUUUAUGAAAGUACAAAUUGAAGAUAGGGUACAACAACCAUAAAAACAGCACCAAGUAAAUGUAGUCAAGUCCUUUAUGAAAAUAGGAACCUUAUACUGGGAGUCAAAUCACACGUUCAUUCUGUGGAGCGCAGGAGAAACAGAAAACUAAUAUAAGAGAGAAUCUUUCUCUAGAAAAACAUCCACAGCUGUGGCAACACCAUAGUUGGCUCACAGGAACUCUUAACUUUGUGUUUGGAUUUUAUUGCCACUGACAAUUUCAAUCAACCUUCAAGAGUAAAGCCAAAAAAAUACAGAUCCAAUCAAAUAGUAAACUAGGAAAAACUCUUUAUAUGGCCUCUUACAUUCACCAAGCAUAAUCAAUAACAAUGUUUGAAAAAGUCAACACAACUAGAAGAAAAUAUUCAAACAAGCAAAAACCCUUUUUACCAAGGUUAAGGAAAUGUGAAAGGGAAGGAAAGCAGAUGAUCUUUGAACUCUUCUUUCCCCAUUUUGCUUUCUUCUGCAAACACUCAAAAGUCUGUUAGCUUGUGUAUCAUUUCUGCAUUUAUUAUCUAAACUAGAGGUCCUCAAGUCCAAUCCUCAAGGGCCGGGGUUCAACACAGAUGGCUAAAUCAUCUGCAGUCAAGUUCUCCAGAAUCCUGCUAAUGACCUCAUUAUUUGGCUCAGGUAUGUUGAAGUGAGACAUCUAAAACCCACAGGACGCUGACCCUGGAGGACUGGAUUUGAGGAUCCCUAACCUUAACUCACAGUGUAAUUUCUCUCUGCUUAG